AUGCACCUAACUAACUUCGCUUCGAGAAUACUAUUGGUGCUGGUCUUGAUUGGCCAGACACUCGCCUUCACGGAUUAUCUGCUGAAGUCAUGUUCACAAUCCGGGUUUUGUCUAAGAAACAGGCAUUACGCAAGAGAAAUGCAGAAAGCAAGAAAACAAGAAGCUUACUCAAUUGAUCCCACUAGCAUUCAAACUCAAGAUACUGAUCACAGCUUCCAGGCAAAUAUUUUGAAAAGGGUGCCUUCGCAAAAUGGUGGCGAGGCGAGCGGCAAGACAAUUGUUUUGCCGCUCUUUGUCGAUAUACUUGAUGGUGGUAAGGUGCGUUUCAAGAUAAACGAACUUAGAAAUUCCACAUUAGAACGUGGAGUAGACGUUAUCAAUCCCAAACGGUACGAUGAGGCGUAUAUGUGGGCAUUUGACAAGAGCGCGAACGUUUCCCCUGCCGAUGUUGAUAUCUCAACCUCUUAUUGGCCAUCAAGAAGAGACGAUAUUGAAAUUAAAAGUAAGGAUUCCGAAGUAUCGGUGAGGGUGCAUUUGACAAAAUUCCGAAUCGAAAUUUUUUACAGGGGGAAACUAGUCUUAGUUGUCAACGACCGAAUGCUCUUGAAUGUAGAGCACCAAAGGUCAUUACAAGAAAAUGCAUCUCAAAAGCUACCAGAAGAAUUGACUUUUAAUGACUUUGAGGACAGUUUCCAGUACUCUAAAGAAGAUUCCUUGCCUUUCGGCCCAGAAUCCGUAGCUCUGGAUUUCACGUUAAUAGGUAUUAAUGACGUUUAUGGCAUCCCCGAGCACGCCGACAGCUUGAGACUGAAAGACACACAAAACACCGAGCCCUACAGGCUAUUCAAUGUUGAUGUGUUUGAGUAUAACUUACAAGCUAAGACACCAAUGUACGGUGCGAUUCCUUUGAUGAUUGGUGCUAAACCAGGCUUCGCGGCCGGUGUCUUUUGGGUAAACUCCGCAGACACAUGGGUAGACAUCGAAUAUGACGAAAGUGAGACCAAGACGCACUGGAUUUCAGAGGCUGGUGUGAUCGACGUGAUGAUUUUCUUAGCAGAUAAUCCCCUAGAAGUUACGUCUGCGUAUACAGAGGUAACUGGGAGGCCCCAAUUACCAAUGAUUUCAUCCAUUGGAUACCACCAAUGUCGCUGGAACUACAAUGAUGAGAAAGAUGUACUUACCGUGGAUUCUCAAAUGGAUAAGGCAGGAAUUCCGUAUGAUUUUAUCUGGCUAGAUUUAGAAUACACAGAUGACAAGAAGUUUUUUACUUGGAAGCCUGACGCAUUUCCAAACCCUGAAAGGAUGUUAAGAAAGCUUUGGAAACUUGGAAGAAACCUAGUAACGUUAAUCGACCCUCACUUGAAAAUCAAUUAUAACGUUAGUGAGCUGGUUGAAACCAGCAAGUCAUCUGUUAGAAACCACGACGACAGCAGCUAUCAUGGACAUUGCUGGCCCGGUGAAUCUAUUUGGAUUGACACUCUUAGUAGCUCUGCACGCAAAGUAUGGAGGCAGCUGAUAGAUGGAUUUUUGAUGAAUUACGACAAUCUGCACAUUUGGAAUGACAUGAAUGAGCCAUCUAUUUUCAGUGGACCAGAAACAACAGCACCCAAAGAUUUAUUGCACGGCGGUGGGUUUGAAGAAAGAUCGGUUCAUAACUUGUAUGGACUGACUGUCCAUGAGGCUACAUAUGAAGCCAUGAAAGAAUCGUAUAGCAACAAGGCUAAAAGACCUUUUUUGCUCACAAGAUCUUUUUUUGCAGGCUCACAACGCACAGCCGCGACGUGGACUGGCGAUAAUGUUGCAAAUUGGGAUUAUCUGCACAUUUCGGUUCCCAUGUGUCUCACCAAUAACAUUGUUGGAUAUCCAUUCAUAGGUGCCGAUAUCGCUGGGUUUUCUGGAGAUCCAACACCAGAACUACUCAUCAGAUGGUAUCAAGCUGGUGUGUGGUAUCCGUUCUUCCGUGGCCAUGCACAUAUUGAUGCUGAAAGGAGAGAGCCGUAUUUGCUGCAAGAACCUGUGAGGUCUAUCGUAAGAGACAUAAUACGCUUGAGAUAUUCUCUAUUGCCUACUUUUUACACGGCUUUCCAUGUUUCCAGCAUAAACGGCACGCCCAUUAUGAACCCCCUCUUUUACGUCCAUCCGGAAUUAGAGGGAGUAUAUGAUAUUGAUGAUCAGUUUUACCUUGGGCAGACUGGGCUUUUAGUCAAGCCUGUUACCGAGGAAGGAGCCACUGAAGUGAGUGUUUUUUUUCCAAGCGGCUUAUUCUACGAAUAUGAGAGCAUGAAAUCGUUUUCAAUUGAUAAACCCAGGCGUAUCACGAUAGAUGCGCCACUAGAAAAGCUGCCUCUCUUUAUCGAGGGAGGGACCAUCAUUGUUAGAAGAGAUAGAUAUAGAAGAUCUUCUAAACUCAUGGCUAAUGAUCCUAUCACCUUAUUAGUUGCUCCAAAUAAGGAAGGAAGAGCGAGCGGCAAGCUUUAUACAGACGAUGGUGAAACAUUUGCUUUUCAGACCGGUGAAUACAUUGAUAUCUCCUUCGAUUACGAACAAGGUGUUUUAACGUCUAGAAUCAAUCAUAAACCUAGCGAUGGACAACUUUUCGCAAGUAAGAUUGAGAAAAUUAUCAUUGCCAAGGGCGAUGCCGCUCAAAGUUCAAGCUAUGCCUUACUGAAGAAAGGAUCGAAUGAAUGGAUGCAAAGCGUGGAAUACUCCGAGGAAUCAAACUUUAUCACGAUUAAAAACCCGCACUUGAAUUUGCAAGAGAUGUGGUCUAUGAUACUCCACGGUUAA